GUGUUUAAAUAGGUAAUAUAAGGUGGCGCCCAUUGUAUUUUAUAAGGUAAGAUCGUUACAAUGGCUGUUUCCGUGGAAAAUGGAGAAGAAGGCAAGUUGAAACUUGCAGAUACAGCAUCAUCGAUUGAACAUGGUGCCGCCAAGUUAAGGAAGACCGAUAACGUUAACGCAAUACCCAGUAAAGGCCUGGACAAUGACCAUGUUGGUGCAGAUGCGGUUGAUAAAGGUGGAGUCAAUCCAGGAGGAAGACUUGGGGGAAUAUAUAUACCCCCUUUCAAGUUAGUAAGGCUUCAGCGUGAGGUCGCAGCCGAUGGCUCAAUUGAAUACCAACGUCAAGAAUGGGACAAGUUGAAAAAAAAGAUUAACGCAAUUGUUAACAAGUUAACGUGCUCCAACGUAUCGGAAUUGGUACUAGAGUUGUUAGAUUGCAAUUUAAUCCGUGGACGUGGGCUGUUCGCUCGCAGUUGGAUACGUGCUCAGAUGGCGUCACCUGGAUUUACUGAUAUUUACGUUUCAUUUUUGGCAGUGAUCAAUUCAAAAUUUCCGGAGAUUGGUAAUCUUAUUCUCCGGCGUAUAAUUCUACAAUUUCGCAGGGCAUUUCGAAAGAAUGAUCGUAUACUGUGUCAGACUGUGGCAAAGUCAUUAGCCCACUUGGUCAAUUACCGUGUAGCUCAUGAAGUAUUGGCCUUGCAAUUUCUAGCUAUACUUCUAGAGAACCCGACAGAUGACUCUGUAUCGGUAGCAGCUGGUUUUCUGGAGGAUGUAGGCAACUUCCUAGCCCAAGAAGCUAAGCAAGCAUUGGAGGCCAUAUUCGAUCGAUUCAAGCAAAUAUUGAGUUCAGGAAAGGUAGACAAAAAGACGCAAUACACUAUCGAAGCGUUGUGGCGUUCAUUCAGGAACAAAUUCAGUGACCAUCCAGCAGUUAAACCAGAGUUAGACUUGGUGGAACUUGAAGAUAGUAUAACUCAUGAUUUGGAUUUCCUUGAUGACACAAUAACAGCAGAUGAAAUGUUAAAUGUUUUCAAGCCAGUAGAACCUGAAGUCUAUAUACAAGAACAGGAAAAAUGGACUCGUAUCCGUAGGCAGCUAAUGGGUGACUCCGAUGAUGGCUCUGAUACUCACGAUAGCGAUUCAAGUGUAGAUUCGGAGGCUGAACAACACGAUGAGGACCAAUCGGAAGACAAACCUACUACUGGAGCUACAACGGUCAUUCGUGAUUCCACAGGCCAGGAUCUGGUCAAUUUGCGCAAGACAGUAUAUCUCUGUAUCAUGUCAUCCCUGAAUUAUGAAGAAUGUGUUCACAAGCUGCUAAAACUGAACGUUAAGGAGGGUACUGAAAUUGAAAUAUGUACAAUGUUAAUAGACUGUUGUGCCAUGGAACGCACGUUCCAGCCAUUUUAUGCGCUGCAGGCUGAACGGCUCUCGAAACUCUCACGUGUCUACGCACAAAACUUCCAGGAAUGCUUUGCCAAACAGUACCAAUUGAUCCACCGCCUGGAGACGGCUAAGUUGCGCAACGUGGCUAAAUUCUUCACACAUUUACUGGCUACUGAUGCGUUGCCGUGGUCUGUGCUCUCCAUAAUCACGUUAACUGAAAGUGCCACCACAUCUAGUGGUCGUAUAUUCAUCAAGAUAAUGUUGCAGGAGUUGUGUCACACUUUAGGUAUACGCAACCUUAGCGAACGCCUACACGACCCGGAGCUCGUUCCACACCUUAGUGGUAUAUUCCCGCACGAAAAUCAGGAAAAUAUCAGAUUCGCCAGUAACUUCUUGACCGCCAUCGGCCUGGGCGCUUUGACCACGGAGUUACGGAAGCGUCUGAAAUAGGCCGGGGAAAUGAACUUUAUAGGCAAUACUGAUACAAUUGACCGUGAAUUCAACA